GGGGUCCCCAACAAAAUCACCGACAGGUCUUGGUGCUUGAAGCUCUGCUCACGGUCAGAAGAUGACGGGACCUCGCUGGCCGUUUUGGGCCAUCCGCUGCCGUUUUGGGCAAUUUUUCAAGAUGACGCGCGUGUUUGGCCGGUCUUUUGUGAGGUAUCUUUCGUGUGUGAGUGUUCUUGUUGGCAUGUGGUGCUACCUAGCAGUGUUCAACAUCAAGCCAGCUCGCUGCAAAGGCAACCCACACAAAAUGACACACAUUGAAAUAACCAUUCGUGGCUUUGGUUGUCUCUUCUUGGUUUGCACCUGGUGCCACAUCCAUCAGCGUUGGUUCUUGUGUCAGCGACACCUCCAUUUCAUCCAUCCGAUGAAGUCCUCGUUUCCAACGUUGGAGAAGAAGGUACCCGAGAGCAAGAAGUGCCCGAGACCGGAGCAUCGCUCGCUGGGUCGAGAUCGAGCUCUCCAAAGAGUCAGUCCGAGUCCAUCCUGGUGGUCCAUGUCAUGCAGAGCGUAUGCACACAUUGGCUCCUCCAUCGACACUGGAGCCUCCGCGAAGAAGGAGAAGCUGCAUUCGGCCAACGUCACGGCCAAGCGGAAGGAUGAGAUCUUCAAGCGGAUCCGCCCGAGCACCUUGGUGCGACUGCUCCAGGAGCGCGAGGUGUCCGAGUCCGUCUAUGCCAUGGGCCCCGGCACGGUGGAGCGCGGCGACGGCUGCAGCUCGGUGAUCGCUUCCAAGGGCCCGCUCCCGGUGCCGCCCAGCGUGGCCUCGGUGACCUCCGUCGCGGGGUCGGUGGUGAGCAUCGUGGAAACCGACGCCACGGUCUCCGAGGAGCGAGACCUGGUGCUCUUGGAUCUGCGAGAGCCUGACGAGUUUGAGCAGUGCCACUUGCCGCUGGCCGUGUCCUACCCAGCCCCAAAGAUCAAUCGAGACCAGUUUAUCCCUGAGCUGCUGCGCUGCAAGAGGGAGCCCUCGAAGCUGCUGGUGGUCUACGGGUCCAACGAGGCGGUGACCAUCGGCGUGGCACGGCUCUUGGUGGAAAAGGGCUGGGAGAAUGUGCACGCGCUGACCGGCGGUUUUGAGGAGAUGCUUCAAAGCUACCCGGAGGUCAUUGAGGGCACCAUGCCCGCCGGACCUCGUCCGGGCAGUGGACGCUCGGGACACGGCGUGCUCAGACGCUGAGGACCCCCCUUCGGGCGGCCGAAGCGCCGCGUGUCUCGCCGUUUCACCGGAAUUGGGUGCGACGACGCCAGCUCCAUCGGCGGCUGGCGAUGCCAAGAGCGUGCGUGGCGCAGGUGUAACCGGAAUGUGAGGUUCAGGUGUUGUUCAGGUGGGCUCUCUCUAUGUACGGCGCCGGCCGUACUGGGAAAGGCCGUGUGGAACCUAGAAAGGUUGCAGCCCUUGGGCGCCUUGCUUCUUGCCUAGCCGCCCGGGGCUGGCCAUGCAGGUAGGGC